UUCAUAAAAUACUAAUUAAAAUUUUAUAUUAUUAAAAGUAACAGAUAAAAGUUUUAUGAUAUUUAUUUUUUAGAAUAUAAAGUAUCAUUUAUUGAUUUCUUACUUGAAAAUAAAAUAAAAAAUAUUUUAAUUAUGUAAAAAUAGUAUAUUUAUGUUUAAUUACAAAUUUGAACUAAUUAAUAAUAAUACUCCCUCUGUUCCUUAAUAUUACAUAUUCUAGGGAAAAAAUUUGUUUUAAAAAGAUCAAUUUUUUACAUUUUCAAGACAUGUUUCAUUAACUAAUUGCAAAUUUCAAAAAACUUAAUUGCAUUUACUGAAUUGUUAUUGGUUUAAAAUUAUGAAACAAAGAUAAACACAAAAAAAUAUGCAAAUUUAAUAUGUUUUAUUAAAAUGUGUGAAAAAUCUAGAAUAUGCAACAUUAAAAAACAGAAGGAGUAAUAAUUAAACUAUGUUAUAAAAUAAACCACAAUAAAAUAUGUAUAUUAAUAUUUGGUGUGAUAAAUAGUAUUACACCAAAUUUGGUAUAACAUUAAUUACUCUAUAGCAAAUUUGGUGGAAUUGUGUAAUUUUUAGUGUUCUAUUGAAGAUGAAAGGUGUUUUGGUGUCCCCAUUGGAGUUGGCCUGAUAACAAAAGCCCAGUAUCAUGACUAAAAUUAAAUCCAAAAACCCCAUGUAACUAAAAUUAUUAACAAAGAUAGAUUCAUAUAUAAAUGUGUGCAAUGAGUUCAAGUCAUCAAGAGACAGCUUCUUCUCAUCAUCGCAGCUCAAACACCCACCUCCAAAGAAAGCCAUCGAUGCUCUCUUCGAGCAUUUUCACAGAUAACAGGAUCUCUCUUGAGUUUAUAUCUUGCUUCAUUUCAGUUUCUAUUUUCAAACACCGGGCAUAGUUUUAUGCCUUGUAACCAUAAACUUUUCACUUGGAAAUUAAUAUGAAAUGGUAUCCCGUUUUAAACAAAAAAGUUCAAGAGAAAUAACAUUGAGAGUUGCAUCUCCUUCAUCCUAUUUUAUGAUGUCAAACAAAGCAUUACUGAAUUUUAUUUUUUUAUAAUUAAUCUUUUCCUUUCUUUUGUUUUCUUGCACUUAAUAAAACUCUAAAUUAAAUGAGCUAUCUCAUCACCAGUUUCAUUUUCUUAUUUACCAGCACUUUUGAGCAUCAAUUCUAAAUAAGCUUUCUUAUGCAUUGAUCUACUUACAGUGACAAUACAAAAGAAAAAGUUAAAUGAAACAAGAAUUCUAGGUGUUCUUACUUCAGUAGGGUCAUAUGUGUAAAGGAAAACUGCAAUCAAUUUUGAUACGUAAUCUUCAAAAGAAAGUGUGGUUUAUAUUAUGCCAUAGGAACCUAAAAUGAACUGCCGAUGCUGAUCGGAUUUACCUUUGUGGGGACCGGUCUACGGAGACCGACCAUUCACAUUUCAGAUGUUCACCAAAGAUCAACCAAUAAGUACGUCACUGGAUGUGGUUAUAUCUCUUCAAAUUACACACAUGCAACUUCGUCAUAUGAGGCGAAUUGAAUAUACUAUGUUUACAGCUCAAACUUUUAAAUAAGUCUUUAUUAAAUAUAUAUUCAAAAAUGUUUUUUUUCUGGAGAAAAUAUAGUCAUAAAUGUUACCGUUCAGUUCACACAUUGAUUUAAAGAAACUCAAACUAGUAUGUUUAAUAGUUAUGAAUUUAAUAUGUUUUUCUAAUUCAAAACCAGUUUUUGAUAGUACUAUCAAAAUUCUCAAUGAAAGUCCUUUUUCGUAAAAAAAUGUUAAAAGGGAAACUAAAGUAUUGUCGGUCGAUAUCGACAUUUGGCAAUUCAUAUUUUAGAUUUUGGACCAACAUGAUUAGUAUUUAGUUCUCUGUUUCGUGAAGUUUAAAAGAUUGAUCAAUUCUCUCUCCAUUUGUAUAUUCUUAACCUCAAAAAUAAACCUUAAUGGAAUACGUAAUCAAGUCCUUAAACGUAAUCUAGUAAUCUUCCCACUAAAAGUUACCUUAAACUAACUUCACCGGUAGAACGGAAACCAAAAAACGCAUACGACAUUUUAAUUACUACUUUAUAAAAUGCAUAAUAUUGCAAUAUUCAUGAUAGCUACUGUUAUGUAAAAUCUAUAUCAAACUUUUUUUUCUGAAAAAAAGAUCUCUAUCUCUAUCAGACUUGAAGAAAGCUAAACUAACUAGAGACAAAAUUAAAAUUCGAGUGAGACAAAUAUUUAUCUUAUAGUUUGUAUUGAUUCUGCGGAAUGAAUAAUUUUAUAAUUAACCUACUACACUCCAACCAAUCAUCCAUAAUCCAUAAUAUAUGUAUUUCUAGAAGAAAAGAAAGAACAUGUUACUAGCAAUCAUUUAUCGUACCAGAGCCGGUAACCCCUCUUUCUAAUGCAUUGGCUUUGCUCCCUCCAUAUAUUGACUUAAAGCUCCCUCUUUCUCUCUCGCUUCACAUCUUUACUACAUUUUUUCUGAAACAGAAACCAUUAUUUUUGACAUUGAAUACAAAUUUCUUCCUUGUAUUGUUUAGAUAACCAAGUAAGAGGAACUAAAGUAAUGAAGGAUGAGAACAGCUCGAGUGGGAUAUGCGAGCCGUGCACGACUUUCAGAAAAAAAUGUAGCCACAUGAUGAAGAAACAGAGAGGCAAGUUUUACAUCAUUGCCCAUUGUAUCGCCACGUUAGUCUGCGGGCGUGAGCGUGACCGCGACCGAUACCGUGUUUCGAUUUAGGUUUUUACCUUAUGCAUUUUUUCUUCUUGUCUUUCUUUAAUUGUAUCUUCUUUGGUGGUUGCCAUUUUCAUUUUUCUUCUAGUACAUUUGGACUAGGGUUGGUAUUUAAGUUAUAUAUAACAUGAUGGUAUUAAUGUAAUGCAUUCAUAGAAAUGCUUUAUAAAUUUGCGACUUAUGUCUUUGGGUUGACUUUGAAUGGUAGCUUCUGAAAAAGUUCUUAGUUGUUCAAGUAACUAAUUAUUUGCUCUCUCUUUUUCUCUAACGCUUUGGCCCUCAAAAAUCUGUACUUUACUUGCAAUAGUGUAUACGAAAAUUUAAUUACGGUAUUUUAGAUAUACUCAGACCAUGCAUUGAGCUUCCGAAUGCUCAUUAUAUUGUCAUGAUUCAUGAAUCAUAAUAUAUGAAUAAAGGGACACUUUAUAGCACAAUCAGUGAACUUAAAAGAACACUUAUGUUUGUGAUGAAAUACUUUGUUCUUCCAGUUUUACUUUUGAAUAGAUCAAUAUAAUAUAUACCUUAUGCAGGUUUAUAAAAACAUCAUAGAUAUUAAGGCCCUGACUUGAGCCUUACUCACUAAGAUUUCAUCUUUAAAAAAAAAGAUCUUGAGGAUAUCUUAGACUUACGUAAGAGCUCAGACUGCUCCUCUAAAGAGAGGUGAAACCCACGUAUGGAUAUUUUCUCUGGAUAUUUAAAUGAGAUCUAAAACAUGAUUCAUAUCCGUGUGGAUCACUCAAGUUUAGUGUCGUGUAGUUGCUUUGAACCCGAAACGCUUAGCUUUCAAAAUUCCACUUACCACUAGAUCACCCAUGUGUGAUUUACAAAAUGUUUAAUUAUGAAAUAGCCAAAAAAGGAAGAAAAAAACAACUUCUUAUCAACAGUAGUUGGUAGUCUCUAUUACAAAAUCAAUGCACAAUAGUCUCGUUUUCAGAGAAAAGAAGUUCAAUCACGUUGAAUAUACAAUGAUGAAAUAUAUAACAAACACAGAGUAACAAUGCUAGAGAGAAAAGUUCUAUUACAAAAACAAUGCCAGAGAGACCCCAAAAAGGAAAAUAAAUCUAAAGGUGAAUAAGAGAUAAAUUAAUUAUGACAAAGACUAUGGCAGUGUUUCAAAAAAAAAAAAAGACAAAGACUAUAUGGCCUUAGAGAGUCCAUGUGAGUCGAGUCAAAUUCACACAAAUAAUACAAAUCGAAACAAUGCUCUAUUUUUUUCUAUUUUGUCGGUGUAGGGAGGGGUCAGAUGUUUGAUGAUGUAGUAGGUUAAUCAUGUAGGGUUUUUCAUUUUUUCCAAAUGAUUUAAUAUAACGUUUUGAAAAUCUAUCUUUAUAGUUUUUUUUCACGCGUUCAUAAUUUAUUCCUCAAUGCAUAUAAUAAAGGAAAAGCGAAAGAAUAAUAGGUUGUGGAAUUCAGGACACGCACCAUCCAGGAAACAAGUGAAUAUAAUAGUAUGAAAUAAGUUGUGUCAAAUCAUAUCCUUUACUGAACGGUGAUUGAAAUGUUUCAUUGUAAAACAUAUCUUAUGCAAAAUGUAAAGGCCUAAAGGGUACAUAUCAGUAUUUCACUCCCAAGCCCCAAAAUAUAUAGUACUGAAGGAUUGAUAAUGGGAUCUUAAAUACGUAGAAAAUUUCACUACCAAUGUAGACUACAUUAUGUAGUCCACUGUUCUUGGUUUAUUGAUUUUUUUUGGUUAAAAGCAUGUAGUCAUUGUUACCACUACUUUAAAGAAAAUACGACCCAACACUAAUAAACUAUAGCAACAAUUAUGAUUGUUUAAGCAAAAAAAAAAAAAAAACAAUUAUGACUGUGUAAAAUGUGAAAAGGAUCCAAAGCCAAAAAUAAGCUAACAACCUAAACGAACCCUAAGCCCUUUAUCAAAAAAAAAAAAAACCUAAACGAACCCAACA